UCAAUGAAUUUUUACUUUUACACUUUCAAGAUAAUAAUUGAAGGGUAAAAUAGAAAAAUAUUAAAGGAUAAAAUACACAAAGAUUAUGUUUCCUCGUUAAGUUAGAAUCCUCAAAGAGAUCAACAAAUGGUGACAAAGGGAGUAUAUCCUAAGAUUUCGAAAAUUGUGUUCCCUCGUUGAGUUAGAAUCCCAAAAGGGACCAACAAAGAGGGAGUAUACCCCUAGAUUUCGCUGAUAUAUGCGGCUAUAUGUAUAUACUGUAACCCACCUCCCUAGACCACUAUAUAUAUGGAGAGAGAGAGGGGGGGGAGAGAGAGAGUGUGUGAUAGGAGAGGUAGAUUAGGCGGGUUUUUUGAGAAGAAAGAGUGAUAAUGAAGACAAGAGCAAGUGUGGGUGUAGUAGUUAGGAUCAUGUUUGUGUUGCUAAUGGUAAUGACUAUUUCUAGUUAUGUCUGUGCUUCGUUCUCUCCCCUUCAACCCCACCGAGAUAAUUACAUCCUCAGAAGAAAUCUCCUCGCCAAUAGCCUUGCCAAUACUCCUCCAAUGGGGUGGAACAGUUGGAAUCACUUCAGCUGCGGAAUCGAUGAGAAGAUGAUCAAAGAAACUGCUGAUGCUCUGGUUUCAACUGGUCUUGCUGAACUUGGUUACAAAUACGUCAAUAUAGAUGAUUGCUGGGCCGAAAUUGCUCGUGACACUAAGGGAAACCUAGUGCCGAAGAAAUCCACAUUUCCAUCUGGCAUUAAAGCUCUUGCAGACUAUGUCCAUGGCAAAGGUCUUAAGCUAGGAAUCUACUCGGAUGCAGGCUAUCUUACUUGUAGCAAAACCAUGCCCGGCUCACUUGGUCAUGAAGAAACUGAUGCCAAAACCUUUGCCUCGUGGGGCAUCGAUUAUUUGAAGUACGACAACUGUAACAACGAUGGUUCUAAGCCAACUGUUCGGUACCCUGUAAUGACCCGAGCUCUAAUGAACGCAGGCCGUCCCAUAUUCUUCUCGCUAUGUGAAUGGGGAGACUUGCACCCUGCUUUAUGGGGUGCCAAGGUUGGAAAUAGCUGGAGAACUACCAAUGAUAUUGCUGAUACAUGGGAAAGUAUGGUAUCUAGAGCUGAUAUGAACGAAGUUUAUGCCGAGUACGCAAGGCCUGGGGGUUGGAACGAUCCUGACAUGCUUGAGGUGGGAAAUGGAGGGAUGAACAAAAGCGAAUAUAUCGUCCAUUUUAGUGUAUGGGCUGUUUCCAAGGCUCCUCUUCUCAUCGGCUGCGACGUGAGAAAUGCAACAAAAGAGACCAUGGAAAUCAUUGGGAAUAAGGAGGUGAUUGCUGUUAACCAAGAUCCACUUGGUGUUCAAGCUAAAAAGGUCCGAAUGGAAGGAGAUCUUGAGAUUUGGGCAGGGCCGCUUUCUAGAUAUCGAGUGGUUCUAGUCCUGCUCAACCGGGGUCCUUCGCGCAAUCCUAUCACGGCUCAUUGGGAUGAUAUUGGAAUUCCUCCCCAUAGCGUUGUAAAAGCAAGAGAUCUUUGGGAGCACGAGACUCUGAAGGAACGAUUCGCGGGGAACCUAACAGCUUAUGUGGAUUCUCAUGCAUGCAAGAUGUAUAUCUUGAAGCCCAUUGCUUGAAACAAAACUAAUUAACAAGAGAUCAGAAGCAUGCAAGUUUGUAGUGGAAUUUUUGAGUACUUGUUGGAUCUCCUUAGUCCCUUUUGCUCUAAUUUUUUAGUACAAUAAUGGUUUCAAUUUGAGUAAAACUUUCUCAAUGAUGCAAAUUGAGAUAUCUAGCCCUGUCAAUAAAGCAUGGAUGCACAAUUAAUUUUUACCGGUGUUUGCCAAUUAAUUGUAACUAAGCAGAUUGGAUGCCGGGAUCUAUGCCAUAGUGUUCCAUGAAA